CUGAUUGCGCCUCACAGGUGUUGAGGGAUUAUAUUUGCUUUGCGUGUUGUUUAUUUGUAAAGACCUUUGUAAUAUUACGUUUCACCGUUCAUUUUUAAUAACAGAGUAUGUGUAAAAACUAUUUAUUUAUUUUAAUACUGUCUCUUAAUUGGACUAAGGCUUACACCGAAGAGAAUCUAAAUGUGACUGCUUCAGCUGAGACAAACUGCAUCUUUGGCAAGGGAUGUUAUAACCUGGCUGGCGUACGUGCCUUCAUCCCAGAGAAGGAUGAGGAGGAGAGUCGGAUCAUAGGUGGGCAGGAGGCCUGGGCACAUUCGUGGCCUUGGCAGGUGUCCCUGCAGUACUCUGACAUGCCCGCUUGUGGGGGCGCCAUCCUCGACCUGUGGUGGGUGAUCACCGCCAGCCACUGCUUCAAACGUUAUAAAAAGGCGUCGAUGUGGAACGCAGUGGUUGGAAUACACAAUUUGGAGAAUGUGAAUGAAUCCUGUCAUCAAACCGUAAAGGUGGAAAAAAUCAUCUCCCACAAGGACUACAACCAAAAGACAAAUGAGAAUGAUAUUGCCCUGCUGAAACUGCAGAGUCCACUGCGGUUUAAUGAGUGUGUGAGGCCUGUUGGCAUCUUAAACAGUGAGUUGCCUCCUCAGGAGACCUGCACUGUCACCGGCUGGGGCGCCAUCAGAGAGAAUGGUCCUCGUGCCUCCAGACUUCAAGAGGUCAAUGUAACCAUUUUUGAGCCACAAACGUGCAGCAAAUUUUAUGGAGCGAAAAUGCAUGAGUUCAUGAUGUGUGCCGGGGCGGAUUCUGGUGGAAUGGAUGCAUGUCAGGGCGACUCUGGCGGUCCCCUCUCAUGUUUCACAGGCGAGAGGUACAAGCUUGCCGGAGUGGUCAGCUGGGGGGUCGGAUGUGGUCGGGCCCAAAAACCAGGGGUCUACACCACACUGUUCAACUACAAACACUGGAUCAAUUCUUCAAUAAAUGGUGAACACGUUUCUGCUGACUCUGGAGCAGAUUCAACUGCUCAGUGUGGUCAGUCCAAGAUGGAGCCCUGCCAACUGCCCAGCGGCUUGGCGCAGGUGGUGUCCACUGAGGAUGGCACAUUCAAGGUGGAGAACAUGAGCGAGGCGUGCCCAAACUCCUGGCCGUGGCACGUCAGUCUGCAGAGCCACGACACGCAUUACUGCAGCGGCGUCCUCGUUCACCCGCGCUGGGUACUGGCAUCGCGCCACUGCUUCGCCAAGGCUGGAGAUGUUGUGAUCUUGGGAGCUCACGACCUCAACUUCAUGUCGGGUCAGACCGCGGCUGUGGAAAGCGUGCAGAGUUUGGCUCACGACAGCAAAUUCCCACCAGUCUCCGAUCUCUCCAUGAUCCGCUUAUCUGUCCCAGCUCGAAUAGGGCCGAUGAUAUUUCCGGUGUGCUUAACGGAUAAAGAUGAUGAAAUGGUGAAUGAAGACACCUCGUCUUGUGUGACAACUGGUUGGGGGACGAGAAAAGCCACCUUGGAUCUGCACCCUGAUAUCCUUCACAUGGCCAGGGUUAAGCCUCUUUCUGAGAAAGCCUGCCAGACUGGCUGGGGUGACAGUUUCAACAUGAAGUUGCUCCUGUGUACAGAUGCAGCAGCUUCUACCUCCUGCCUGGGGGACUCGGGCGCACCCCUUGUGUGUGCGAAAAAUGGCGUCUACUACCUUGUAGGAUUAACAGCAGGGAGCGGCAAGAAAUGUGAACCUCAGAAACCAGCUGUGUUCACUCGAGUGUCUGCCCAUUACUCCUGGAUACAAACUUGUAUUAAAAAUUCCUAAUACCUUUAAUAAAGCUUACUAAAAUAUUGUGCAUC